CUCUGGCUACUGGCCAUUGUAAUGAGGAUGAUGGGAGUCUUAGCCCAACAACGUCUGGAGGGCCAGUUUGAUGACACCCCUGCCCUAAAGGGCUUAUUCAGACACUGCUCCAAAUAAUAACCUGUGCCCCCUUUGAGUUAUCUCAACAGUGCUCGAAUGACUAAGGAUUCAGUUAUAUCUGUGAAGUUACUGCCACACACUACAAUUAAAUUCUAAAGAUGUCCUAUAUGUUAUCCACAAACAAGUCAAAAUGUUACUCUGCCUCCUUAUUGGUUUAAUAAAGCUUUUGGGAUGUUGGAAAGAACAGCCUAGCUUAGGGAACAUUUCCCAGAAUUCUUUCAAAAGCAUCUUUUGUUAUUCUUGAGAAUUAACAUCUCAAUUUUGAAAUGACAGAACCAGCCUUAUUUUUGGAUAAUUUGUUUUUUGAAGGUCCAGGUGCAAAAGAAAAAUAUCUAGAAAAUGAAGAGCCAACAAACUGGUAUCUUGCACCUGUUCCAUCUGUUUUUGACAUUCCACCUACUCAAGAGCUACAAAUGGAAUUGGGGGAAAAUAACCGAGAAACCCUUCAGAAAUUAAUUAACUUUCCAGAAGAAGAUGGUGAUGAAAAUGUCUGCUCAAUAUUCAGGAAAAGUUUAUUUAAACCAACUGAUUAUACAUAUGCAAAUACAGACUGCAAGGAGACCACUAAUGCCAAGAGAGAAAUGGACACACAUUGUAAUAUUACUAGCAACAAAGAAAUGAAAAAAGAAGACCUAUGGAAAAAUAAUAUGCAGAUAGCUCAAUAUUCAGAUUUUAAUCUGCCUAAUGUAAAUGAUAUUUUUUCAGCUUCUGCAAGUAGAAAAGGAAUUGAAAAACCACAGUUAUUUCCUUGUGUUUCAAAGACUUCUCAUCUGGAAGGAACAGCUGGAAAAGAUCUGAUGAUGUUGAGGUCUGUGACUGAAAUCCCUACUCAAUUUAGAAGUAUUUUCAAAGAGUUCCCUUAUUUCAAUUAUAUUCAGUCCAAGGCUCUGGAUGAUCUCCUUUACACAGACAGAAAUUUUGUGAUCUGCGCACCAACUGGUUCUGGAAAAACUGUAAUGUUUGAGCUUGCAAUUACUAGGUUAUUAUUCAAAGUGCCGAUGUCUUGGUUAAAUAUUAAAAUUGUCUACAUUUCCCCCUACUGCUCUGUCUUGUUCUUAGUGGCUCCAAUAAAAGCUCUCUGCAGUCAGCGUUUUGAUGACUGGAAAGAAAAAUUUGGACCUAUUGGACUCAUAUGUAAGGAACUAACAGGAGAUACAGCAAUGGAUGACUUAUUUGAAAUUCAGCAUGCUCACAUUAUUUUGACUACACCAGAAAAGUGGGACAGCAUGACUAGAAAAUGGAGAGAUAAUUCUUUAGUUCAGCUAGUGAGACUGAUCCUUAUUGAUGAGGUGCAUAUUGUGAAAGAUGAGAGCCGCGGUGCUACCCUUGAGGUGGUAGUCAGCCGGAUGAAAACUAUUCAGUCUUCCCUUUCACGUAGUGAAGCGAAGCCUGACUCAGUACUCCCCAUGAGAUUUGUAGCAGUUUCUGCAACAAUCCCAAAUGCAGAAGAUAUUGCAGAAUGGCUGUCAGAUGGCAAGGGGCCUGCUAUAUGUUUGAAAAUAGAUGAAAGACACCGACCAGUGAAACUGCACAAAAUAGUGCUUGGAUUUCCCUGCAGUAGCAACCAGACGGAAUUUAAAUUUGAUUUAACACUUAACUACAAAGUAGCUAGCGUUAUUCAAACGUAUUCUGAACAAAAGCCAACCCUUGUGUUCUGUGCCACAAGGAAAGGAGUACAGCAGGCAGCUUCUGUCCUAGCAAAAGAAGCUAAAUUUAUUAUGAACACAGAACAGAAACAAAGAUUACAAAAGUCUGUGAACUCAAUAAAAGAAGCCAAGCUGAGAGAUCUCCUAAUCUUUGGAGUAGCUUAUCAUCAUGCUGGCAUGGAAAUAUCUGACAGAAAAAUAAUUGAAGGAACUUUUACUACGGGAGACAUACCAGUUCUUUUUACUACUAGUACCCUUGCUAUGGGGGUAAAUUUACCAGCACACUUGGUAGUUAUAAAAUCAACAAUGCACUAUGCUGGAGGAAUGUUUCAGGAAUACAGCGAAACUGAUAUUUUGCAAAUGAUUGGAAGAGCGGGAAGACCUCAAUUUGACACAACAGCUACAGCAGUUAUCAUGACAAGGUUAAGUACAAGAGACAAGUACGUCCAGAUGUUAAAUGGUGCUGAUACAAUAGAGAGCAGUUUGCAUACACAUCUUGUUGAACACUUAAAUGCUGAAAUAGUGCUCCACACCAUCACUGAUGUGAAUAUAGCUUUAGAAUGGAUACGAUCAACUUUCCUCUACAUCAGAGCUUUGAAGAAUCCAGCUCACUAUGGUUUUUCAACUGGAUUGGACAGAGCUGGAAUUGAAGCAGAAUUACAAGAAUUAUGUUUGAAGAAUUUAAACGAUUUAUCAUCAUAUGAUUUAAUCAAGAUGGAUGAAAAACUUUGUUUCAAGCCAACAGAAACUGGGCGACUGAUGGCUUGGUAUUAUAUUACAUUUGACACCAUGAAAAAGUGCUUCAUGAUUAAUGGAAAAGAGACUUUAUCUGAACUGGUAAUGUUGAUAUCCAGCUGCAAUGAAUUUUCAGACAUCAAGUUAAGAACAAAUGAGAAAAAAAUACUGAAUACUUUGAAUAAAGACAAGAACAAGAUAAGCAUAAGAUAUCCAAUGGAAGGAAAGAUAAAAACAAAAGAAAUGAAAGUAAACUGCCUUGUUCAGGCACAGCUAGGAUGUAUUCCCAUACAAGAUUUCACAUUGACACAAGAAAUAGGGAAGAUUUUCAGGAAUGGCGUAAGACUUACAAAAUGGUUGUCUGAAUUUUUGGCCUCCAAUCAAAACAACUUUCUUGUAUUAUUAAAUUCUUUGAUUUUAGCGAAAUGCUUCAGAUGUCGACUGUGGGAAAACUCACUCUACGUAUCUAAACAACUAGAAAAAAUUGGUAUGUCAUUGUCAAAUGCAAUGAUGAAUGCAGGUCUGACAUCCUUUAAAAAAAUAGAAGAUACAAAUGCAAGAGAACUUGAAUUGAUUUUGAAUAGGCAUCCUCCUUUUGGAAAUCAAAUUAAGGACUCAGUAGCACACCUUCCAAAAUAUGAACUUACUGUAGAACAGCUGGCAAAAAACAGUGAAGCAGUUGCUGAAAUCCUAGUGACAGUCAUAUUAACCAACUUUGAACAGCUGCAGACCAAGAGAACUGCUCCAGAUUUUCACUAUGUAACCUUAAUUAUAGGUGAUAGUGAUAAUCGAGUGGUUUUAAAGCAAAAGAUUAUGGAUUCUGCUUUGCUCAAAACUGGAAAUUGGACUAAAAGGGUUGAAGUGAGAAGAGCUGUUAAAUCUGAAGAAUUAAGCAUAAAUCUAAUAAGUUCUGAAUAUGUUGGGCUUGAUAUUCAGCAAAAAUAUAAAGCCAUUUACCUAGAAUCAAAGGGAUUUGGAAAUCAAAUGAUGAGCAUACAUGGAAAAUUAGAAGGUGACUGUUCAACUGAUAGCUAUAAGGCUUCUUCAGUAAGAUCACUGGAAGCAAGAAGUAAUAAAGGAGGCAAUUGUAAUCAAGAGAUGCUAAGCAUAAAGCAUGGAAAUAGAAAAUGCAAUCAUCACUGCAAAAAUAAAGAAGUAUGUGGACAUGACUGCUGUAAAGUUGGAGUUUCACAGAAAUCUGACUUGAAGUUAAAGUUUUCUUCAUAUCUUGCUGAUUUGAGGAACCGAAAUGCAGGAUCUCCUAUUCCCCCGGUCAAACGCUUGAAGAUGCAGAUGUCAAGUAAACCACAAAAUACAGAUCUUAAACAAUUUUGUUAUACUCCUAAAUCUUUGCUUCCAGGAUUGCCAAGGUUAGGGUAUGCCCAACAGUCAGGAUUAGAAGAGGGGAAUGGUUCUGAUGUUCCUCAAAGAUUUCCAUUGCAACCAGAAGGUUCAAAAGAGAAUGGUUUCUUUGUUAACAAGCAGCCUGCAACUUUGAAUGAAAAAAGCCGCCAAACAGUAAUUUCGAACAAAAAUCUCAAAGAAUCUUUAAUGAAUAACUUGACUGAUGCAGAUAAAAGCAGCUCUUUGUUUUCAGAACCUUUGAAUGUGAAUUUUGAAUUAGGAGAUGAGGUUUGGGAUGAUUAUGACGAUGGGAGUUUAGUAUAUGCCAGCACUUUUAUUGCUGAUAUGGAGAAAACUAAAAAUUCAGAAACCUCUCACCUGAAAUCUUUAAACACAAGCGUUUUGAGCUCAGGAAAAGCUAACCACUUUUUCCAAAAUACACAGAGCAGAUCUCCGCAGUCCCUUUUAAAAAGUUUUUCGAUAUUCAAAGAGGAACCUGACAUCUGCCUACAAAAUUCUGAUUUUUCCUCAACUCCACUAUCAAAUGUGAAAUCACCUACAGACUAUGGAAAUAAAAACGUUCUUGGCUUUGAAGAAGGAAACAAUCCUUCACGGCUGCUGAAAAAUGAACAGUGGACUACAACUUCGGAAACAGCCUCAGAGUCUUACCAAUUCUCUGGAAUGGGGGACUUUUUUAUCUGUAACAAAAGAAUGACAAAAGUGGCUGAUCUCAGGCUUCAGCUUUCCGAUGAUGAUAUUAAGCCUUUUCUUGGAAUAUUUGAUGGCAUUUUCUAACACUCUUAAACAAAGUACAUUGCCAGCGAUGAAGAGUAAGCACUUCUUUUCAAGGAGUUAUUUGUAUUCUCCAAAUAACAUUUGUAAUUUUUUUUUACUUUUUGGUUUAUGGCAGUUGAUUAAUGGUUAAUUUUGCUGCAUAUUCUGUACAAAAUACUGUAUGGUUUACUUGCAAUAUGUAAUGUACAAUACAUCUUUAAAUAGUUAUUUAAAUAUCUUUGUUUAUGAGAUGUUCAUAAUAUUGCAGAAGUUAUGGCAGUUUGGAAGCCUUUUGUUUAAGGGGAUUAUUUUCAAGUCAAGCUGUUGGUUCUGUUUGUUUCACAUUACAGCCAAUUUUAUUCUGGAAGAUAAUCUUAUCUUUGCAAUAUGCAUCUCCUAAGUAAAUACAUUCAUGAACUCCUAUGUUAUUUCUGGGGUUGGGGAAAGGCUAUGUGGGAUUUUUAUAUUUGGCAGUUAUUCCUAUUAAACUGAUUUUAUAAUGGC